AUGGGUUGCGCCGCUAGUAAGCAAGAUAAAGACAUGGCCGAUAAUCCAUUUUUUGUAGGGCCUUCCUUAUUCAUUAAUUUAAAGGGUGGAGAUCUUUUAAAACAUUACAGAAUAGAGAAACCUCUAGGAAAAGGGGCUUAAGGAGAAGUUAAUUUAGUUGUUCAUUUGAUGAGUGAACAGAAGAGAGCAAUGAAAAAGAUUAUAAAAUCUCAGAAAAUAAAUGAAAAACUUAUAGCCAAUGAAUGCUAAAUCAUGAUGUAUUUUGACCAUCCCAAUAUUGUGAAAAUAUAUGAACUGUUUCAGGAUAGCUCACAUUUUUAUAUAGUUUAUGAAUAUUUAAGUGGCGGAGAAUUACUUGAAUUAUUGAAUAAGAAGAAGGAGUUGAAAGAGCAGCAAAUUGCCAAUUAUAUCAAAUAGGUAUUGGAAGCAUUAAAUCAUUGUCACACUUGUGGGAUAGUUCAUAAAGAUGUGAAGCCAUAAAAUAUAUUACUGGAAUCUGAUGAACAGGAAGCUUAGAUUAAAUUAAUUGAUUUCGGAGCAGCCAAGCCAGUUGAUCAAAAUGAUGUUGAUAUCGCUGGCACACCAUUAUAUAUAGCACCAGAGGCAAUAACAGACAAUUCAAAUGAAAAGAGUGAUGUAUGGUCCUGUGGAAUCAUGACUUUGUAGCUUCUGACUGGAUCAUUUCCCUACAGAAAUGAAACUGAUCCACAAAGGAUAUGCGAAAUGAUUACUCGUAAUGAAAUCGAUUAUGCCCUCAUUGAAAAGAUUAAAACCAACAAGGCAAAAGCCUUCGUGAAAAAAAUGCUGAGUUUUGAUCCUAAAAAUAGAUAUACUGUAGAAUAAGCACUUUUAGAUCCUUGGAUUUAAGAUAAUAAGAACAAUGCAGCAAUUGAUAAAUAGGUUUUAGAAAACUUAAAGCAAUUUCAUAGUUGUAGCAAAUUACAAUAAGCCAUUCUGUAACUAAUAGCUUCCACAAUGAUGAAUAGUAAGGAUAAACAAAAACUAAUUUAAUAGUUCAAAUCUAUGGACAGAAAUGGAGAUGGAAAACUGUCUCAUUCAGAAUUGAAGCAAGGAUAUAUGAAGAUUUACAAUGAUGAACUGAAAGCAGAACAUGUUGUAUAGGAAAUAUUAAAAAAGGGAGAUUUCAAUCAUUCUGAUACUUUGGAGUAUUCAGAAUUUCUAGUUGCAGCCUCUUAAUAUAAUCAAUUAGUAGAAAAGGACAAGAUCGAGAAAGUGUUUAAAUUAUUUGAUUAAGAUGGAAAUGGAUAAAUAACGAUAGCAGAAUUAAAAAAAGUGAUGGCAGGAGCAGCAGAAAAGAGUACUGUUUGGAAGGAUUUAAUCAAAGAUUUUGAUUAAAAUGGAGAUGGUUAAAUAUCUCAUUAAGAAUUUUUUGAUACUCUGAUGAAAAAAAUGUAAGAAAAUUAAUGA